AUGGCCUUCGUGCUCUCUCUACUGAUGGCCCUGGUGCUGGUCAGCUACGGCCCGGGAGGAUCCCUGGGCUGUGACCUGUCUCAGAACCACAUGCUGGUUGGCAGGAAGACCCUCAGUCUCCUGGGCCAAAUGAGGAGACUCUCCCCUCGCUUCUGUCUGCAGGACAGAAAAGACUUCGCUUUCCCCCAGGAGAUGGUGGAGGGCGGCCAGCUGCAGGAGGCCCAGGCCAUCUCUGUGCUCCACGAGAUGCUCCAGCAGAGCUUCAACCUCUUCCACACAGAGCGCUCCUCUGCUGCCUGGGACACCACCCUCCUGGAGCAGCUCCGCACGGGACUCCAUCAGCAGCUGGACGACCUGGAUGCCUGCCUGGGGCAGGUGAUGGGAAAGGAAGACUCUGCCCUGGAAAGGAUGGGCCCCACGAUGGCUGUGAAGAGGUACUUCCAAGGCAUCCAUGUCUACCUGCAAGAGAAGGAAUACAGCGACUGUGCCUGGGAAAUCGUCAGACUGGAAAUCAUGAGAUCCUUCUCUUCAUCAACCAGCUUACAAGAAAGUUUAAGAAUGAUGGAUGGAGACCUGAUCUCACCUUGACAGGACUCUCACUGACUAAGAUGCCACAUCACCCUUGUACAGUUACCUGUGGUCAUUUCAGAAGACUCUGAUUUCUGUUUCAGCCACAAAAUUUAUUGGAUUAGUUCAACCAAUACAUUGUCAGUAGUAAGAAGAUAGUAGAUAGAAAUUAUUCAGCUGCAGGGGUAUCAGUCCAUUAGUGAUGACUGCCUCGGUGUUAUUUAUUUAUUUAUUUAUUAUUUAUUUAGUUAAUGUUUUAUCUCAUAUUUAUAUUUUCAUCUAAAAGAUGUAUAUGUUUGCAUUGUAUUAAAAUUUAGAAAAUAUAUUCUAUUUCAUUAAUAUUGUAAUUUGUUUUAUUUAUUCAAUACUUCUCAAGGUAAACUUCCUGAGGUUUUUUUUUUUUUGAACACCUAAAUGCUUAUUUUGUCUAUAUAUACCUAUGGCAAAAUAGUAUUUGUUCAUUUUAUAGUGUGGAACAGUUCUAUGACUUUCUAGGAAAUGUUUGUCAAAAGAUGGAAUUCUGGGAAUUUUCUAUGGGUGCAGUUGUUAGGACUCUGAGUUUUCCCUCUAGGGAGCUUUGGUUGGG